AUUUUUUAUUACACUUCGCGAAGAAUAAUUUAUGCCAAAAGAUUUGUAAAUAUAACUGCGAUAAUUUCAAUCUGUCAUUUGGACAUGAAGAUGCUAGAUACUACAUAUUUGUUUAUGAAAGUAAUAUUCAAUAUUAUCUAUAAUGUCAUUUGUGAAGAAAAGAUAAUUUAUGUUAUCGCAAUCUCCCAUAAAACCGUUUCUCAUGAAUCAUUUAGAAAGUGAGAUUAUCGAAAUUGACUAAUAUGUGUAUUUGAACAGUCAUCCCCCUAAAGAGGGAACAAAAUAUAAGAGCGAGUUUCAACGCUCGGGGUAGUCAGUCUGGUUCAAAUACUUAAAAUUCGUAUAUUACGCAGGAACCGAGUAACUCGUUCGAAUUAAAAAAAAAAUAAAUAUAAUUUAAUUUACCGUUUAUCCGAUAUUUACAACUAAAAAUGAAAAUUCAAAUCUUUCUACUUCUGGUCGUUGUUGCAGUUGCAACUUUUGUUGAAGCACAAGAUAUUUCGAAUCUAUUAAAUGAUAGACGUUACGUGCAAAAACAAAUUAGUUGUAUUCUGGAUCAGGGGCAUUGUGAUGCUAUUGGAAGGAAAAUCAAAGGAUUGUUACCAGAAGCUUUGAACAACCAAUGCCGGCGUUGUACACCUAAACAAGCGGGUCAUGCACGCACAUUGAUCGCAUUUAUGCAACAAAAUUACCCAUACGAGUGGCGUGCUAUUGUACAACGAUAUGCCGCUAUGCAAUAUGCAAAUUACAGAAGAUUUUAAUAAAAUAACGAUAAUUAUGUUCUGUCAUGUUUUGUUCAUAUCUUUUAAAAAAUUUGGAAAGAAACUAUAAAAUG